CUAAUCCAUAGCCUUCUCUCAAGCAAUGCUAACAGCAGGAAAACAACCAGGAAUCAAUAGACUGCGGCAACGGCGUCUGCUCCAUAGGCCAAACCGAGACCAAGACGAUGACCAUCCGCUUCACCGCCGGCUUCCGUGUCGAACAGAGUGUGUCGUUAUCGACCACCAAGACGUGCUUUGCAGAUAAUGACUGGGUUGCCGUCUGGAAUAGGGUCGGAAGGACAUCGUACAAGGUCCGUAACGGGCUGUUCAAUUCCUGCACGGGCACCAGGCCGCAUGGCGACGUGUUCCUUAUCACCUCACCGAAUGCUAGUAGCAAAAAGGGCGGGAACCCAUACUGUGUUAGGGGGAAGCGGUAUGUAAGAAACCUGGGAAUAGUUGGGAUGAGACUCCUGUUCCUGGCAAGCCUUAGCUCAUGCGUCUCGACAUGUCGGGUCGUAGGUAGGGUGAGAGGGACAGAUAGGAAGGAGGAGAAAGAUAUUGCGUUAGCGUUGAUGAUGAUCUGCCGAGAAUUUAAAUAGCUGGACUGCGUCUGCAGCUGGAAGAUGGUGAGUCCAUCAAGCCUAGAGGG